AUGCCUACCUACCUUUGCCACGGCUUUCGUUGGGAUCGUCGUAGCAUUCGUGUAUUUGUAGUCGUCCAGAACAUAGACGACGCCGCGCCCGAAUGGAUUAUCGCGCCACACUCGUCUCCCGCCAUCCUCGAAGCCUUCUACUCCCUUUUCGAUUUCCUCCCCGAACCCGCUCCCGACGAGACCGAGGCCCAACGUGACAAGAAGAAGCGCAACAAGUCCAAGGCGUCCAAGGCCGCUGCCCUGCGUAACGAAUACGAUGAUGACGUGCUGCAGAACGACUGGAGCGCCGUGAAGCUGCUGGAGGAAUACGAUCCGACCGACCUAAGCUAUGUCAGCCGUCCCUACGCAUACGUUGCCGACUAUGUUGUACGCAUCGACCUGAGCAACUCGAUAACAGAAGAGAUCGUACGCUACGAAGAGCGGUUAAGCGAGACAAAAGCGAUGGCGAGUGCUCCGAGCGAUGAGUUUUACAAGGCCAAGAAGGGCUCGUCGGGGAAGAAGGCCGGGUGGUUCGAGAAGCUGAGAGACCAGCUGCAGCGAGGGGAGGAUAUCCGGUGGUAUGUCGUGGUUUGCGGCGACGAAGUGCGUGAUUUUCCUGAAGACAGGCCUGCGGCGAGGGCCCAAGAAGAGGACAUGACACGGGAGGCGGACAACUCGACUCCAAGGCCUAGCGAUCGAAACGCGGGCCCUUCAAGAACAGGGACGAUGCCGAGCGUACCGGCGAGUCAAUUUGCAACAGCCAUGGCGCCCCAACAACCGGCACAGCCAAGCUCGCCCAAGGAAACGGGCUUGCCCUACGGCACCCUUCCCAAGCAUCCCAACAUGAUGGGCAAUUGGACGGAAAAGGAGACGCCGACAUUACAGUCCAAGCCCUCAAUGGAUUUCAGGCCAAAGACACCCAAAAGCGGCGGGUUUAGGAGACUGUUUGGGAAGAAGAGCGAUGACCCGUGAUCAUUGGGAAAGCAAUUUGGGCUCAGUUGCCAAGGCGCACCGUCGCAUCUCAGCCCGUAUUUGUACCAGUUCUGCCGCAAUGUCUCCCUUUUGAGGAUACGGGCACCUUUUCAACCUUUUCUCGGGGGUUUUUUAUUUUUUAUUUUUAUACUCUUUUUUACAGCCACAUGCCCAUGUGGCAGUGUAGAGCACAUGGUCUCAAAAGCGAAGGCGCACAAGAAUAGAAUUGAAUUGCCAAUUGGCUCUUG